CUGUUGUGGCAGCACCGGCACCACGUCACAGGCUAUUUGAUGCUAUUUCUGCCGUCCCCGGUCAUUCGCAUGGGAAUGCUGGGAUCCUCGAUCGCGCUACGAAGCUUACUAUGAUGAAGACGGACUCAAGAGUCUAAAGUUGGAACUCGAUACCCUUUUCUCCCACCAACCUCCCUCUUGUUUUUAUUCCCACUGGACUCGGCCUUCAACGCUUCGUCGUCUGAAGAAGGAAGAAGUGUCCAGUAAACAAAAAAGAAAAUCGACAAAAAAAAUUUACACCAUGCGUCUGGCCCAUCAUGGCUCCAGCAACCGUCCAGUCUUGGCAUAUCUCCUCGUCCUCGUCCUCAACCUCUACCCAACGUCGACGCUAGCCUCCGAACAAUCCGAAGACAUUCUCAAUCCCCUCCGCGUCCUCGUCGUCGGCGACUCCAUCACGCACUGCAACGAAGGAGACUUUACCUGGCGCUAUCGCAUCUGGCAAUGGUUCCAAUCCCAACCCACCACCACCACCACCACUUCCGAAACCCAACAAGAACAACAACAACAACAAAAUCUCACCAUCGACUUCGUCGGCCCCUACCUCGGAACCGCCGAACCCGACCUCCCCUCCCCUCCCCCUCGACCACGUCUCUACAGCCUCCCGAAAGAAGACCCUCCACUCCGCAUCAACGGCAAAUACGCCACAGACGAUUUCACCAACAGCAACCAUUUCGCCAUCAGCGGCCGCGCAGUCGCCCAAGUCAAAGAUACCAUCCAACCCGUUGUCGCCGAAUUUUCUCCCGAUCUUAUCUUGGUGUUGUUGGGAUUUAAUGAUUUGGCGUUUGGUUUUGGGAAUGCUUCGCAGACGUUGGAGAAUACGAAGGCGUUGAUUGAGAAUUCGAGAAGCGCGAGGCCGAAUGUUGCGUUUGUCGUUGGGAAUGUCGUGCAGAGGACUUGGACGGGUAGGGAGGAUUUGGUCAAGUUGACGGAUGAGUAUAAUGGGUUGUUGAGGGAGGCGGUGGCGGGGUGGAGUUUGGAGGGGUCGCCGGUCGUUUUCGCCCCAGUCCGUGAAGAAUAUGAUUGUGGACCGCAAUAUACAGACAACUGUCCCGCCGCUCACGAUGGUCUUCACCCGAGCGAAUUAGGAGAAUAUCAAAUCGCCCGAGCCUUCUCUCGAGCUCUCGUCAGCGGACUCCAAAUUGGAUCAACACCCCUCGAAGUCCCCGCGACAAUUCCCCCGCGACCGUUGCCCAAACCGGAAAAUUUCGAAAUCUACUCUUCGACGAUUGGUGUUACGGCGAUUUGGGAUAAAGUAUUUGGCGCUUAUACAUAUGAUGCCGAAUAUCGCAUCAACGGGAGUGACACGAACCCUCCACUGCAUUUCUCUCCGACCAAUGUUCGCGCGAAUCGAUGGGAUACGCAUUGGGCUGUGCCCAAAGAUACGUAUGAUCUCCGAGUUCGACCGAUCGCAGGUAACAGAAAAGGCGAAUGGACGGAUUGGCAGACCGCAGUCACCACUCCGGAUACGGCUUCGGCGCCGGAGGAUGUCAUUGUCAAAGCGACAGCCACGGGCAUCGAUCUCAACUGGACGAUCCCCUUUGGCAGCUCAGCAACACUCUUCAAUUUCUACUAUUGGGAUGUCGAUGUCAAUUGCACCAACAUGUUGCUCGGCCCGACGGCCGCAUUUGAGGGCACUUCGGGACAUAUCGAUGGUCUGGUGGUGGGCCAUCAGUACAAUCUCGCGGUCGAAUCGUGGAAUGAUGCAGGAGCAGGCUUACCGAGGAAUGUUGCCUCUGCGAUCGUAGGGAGUCCGGAGACUGUUGCUGUGCCUCGCGACAGCGUCUGUCCGCCGAAAGAAUCGAUCGGAGCACCCCCGUCGACAGAUCCGAUCAAUCCGGACGAUCCCCAACCCCCGCCGAAAAGUAGUCUCUGA